AUGAAGGCCAAUCAUCUAUUUGCGGCAGCCAGUUUGACAGGCCUCAGCUACUGUCAGCCAGCCAAACAACAGAAUUCCACUAUCUACAAUCCCAUCCUUCCUGGCUUUCACCCUGAUCCAAGUUGUGUCUUUGUCAAGGAAUGGAACAACACCUUCUUCUGUGCGACUUCCACCUUCCUUGCUUUCCCUGGUAUUCCUGUCUAUGCAAGCAAGGACCUCCAGAACUGGAGACUCGUCAGUCAUGCCUUCAAUAGACCUGAACAACUGCCAGCUUUCGGAAACAUCACAGGGCAGCAAGAUGGUUGGUAUGCUCCGACUCUGAGAUACCACAACAAUCGUUUCUGGAUCAUCGACUCGUGUGUGGGAUCUGACACGGGAUAUCUCAGCACUUCAGACCCCUACAACAACACUGCAUGGACGAACGUCACUCCUACCAACAUCCCUGGAUAUGAUCCUGAUUUGUUCUGGGAUACUGACGGUACCCUCUACUCGGCCUUUGCAAAGACAGUACUGAGCGAUCCCUUUACGACCGAGAUUCAUCAAGUCAAUAUCAGCAUGCCUUCUGGAAACACGACCACAGAUCGUUUCUUAUGGAAUGGUACUAACGUACAACCUCCCGAAGGACCUCACAUGAUGAUCAAGGACGGCUAUCACUACUUGUUGUUGGCUGAAGGUGGUACAGCUCAAGAGCAUCAAGUCACAAUUGGUAGAGGCAAGUCUGCCCAAGGACCGUUCGAAUCAGAUCCAAGGAAUCCUAUACUCACAGCAUACAACACGACCGAGUACUUUCAGACUGUUGGCCAUGCAGAUCUCUUCCAGGAUGCUAAUGGUCAGUGGUGNGGCGUCGCACUCUCUACCCGCUCUGGCCCUGACUACGAGACUUGGCCGAUGGGCAGAGAAACUGUUUUGUACCCUGCAACAUGGGAGAAGGGACAAUGGCCUGUUUUAGGAGGUCCUGUCCGAGGCAUGAUGGAGGCGCCUCUACCUCCGGUCAACAAGAACAUCCGUGGCAACGGCGCUUUUGUGAAAGAUCCUGAUCACUAUACGUUCUCUCCUGGCUCCUCAAUCCCGUCUCACUUCUUAUACUGGCGCUUCCCUCAAACUCAGAACUACGCCGUCUCUCCCAAAAGUCACCCCAACACUUUGAGAUUGCUACCGUCUCGUGCCAACUUGACUGGAGACUCCGCUUUCGUCCCUACCGAUGGCAUUACCUUCAUUGGUCGUCGACAGACAGAUACUCUUUUCACCUACAGUGUGGAUGUCGAUUACUCACCCUCUGAAGUUGGAGAAGAAUCAGGGAUCACUCUGUUCCUCACACAAAGCUAUCACGCUGAUCUCGGUAUCGUCCAUCUCAACAAGACUGGCAACUACCUCCGUUUCCGCGCCGAAGGAACCAAUGCACCAGAGGAAACUAUAAUUUCAAUCCCUCAGAAAUGGUGUGACCAAGGCAUGCAUUUGCAGAUCCAAGCCUACAACAUUACGCACUUCUCCUUCUCUGCUGGUCCAAAGGGUGGACAACUCAANAAGAUAGCCACUGUCCCCGCCACACUUGUCUCGAACGGAUUCACUGGUGAGCAAUUUAUCUUGUCACAAACUGUUGACGGGGUCGCUGACAUGAANACAGGUUCUUUCGUCGGUGUGUAUGCAACUAACAAUGGUAACACUAAGGGCAAGACACCUUCAUAUAUCAGCAACUGGAUUUACCAAGGUCAGGGCCAGUACAUUGGCAACGGGGAGUUCUACCCAAGCAAUGGUCAGAAGUCAGGAGCAGGUUUCUAG